AUGUUGUUGCUAAUGAAGAGCAACAACGAACCAUCGCCCAUUAUCAAAGUCCGAAGGUUGAGGCUGCAGCAUUCCAAGGACAGGGGGCGCGUCUUUCCCUUGAUGAUCGUGCGAAAGAUCAACGUCCGAAGUGUUCUCACUACGGAAAAUUGGGCCACCUCAAAUGAACUUGUUAUGACAUUAUUGGGUGGCCGCCAAGGUCAAGUGAGAAGGAUGAACGACCACGACGCCGACCACAGUCCAGGCAUCCCCGGAACGGGCCUCAAGCGGCGUUUGUUGAGUCCUCGGAUCUCUCCAUAUUGA